GUGGUCUUUUUAUGCUUCCCGCAGCGACGUAAGUCUUUCUCGCUCGACGACAUGUUAAUUUUUGGGGGCAUCAUUGCGCCAAAUUUGAACAAGAAGAACCAAAUUUUGCCGCUUUUUUCCUUGUUUUUGAUUGGUCGGAAUUGAGCGAAGUAAACGGGCUUUUCCUAUUAAUUCCGAAGAUAAACCGGGUUUUACCUUUUUUGGAAUGAACAUACUGAAUAGCUCAAUCCAGUGAGCUCUAUAUAGAGUUCACUUGGCCCCGACAAAAGUGAAACCAAGAUAUUGAAUAUUCUGCGCCCAGAGCCCGUGUCUGCGCCGCGCAUAUGAUAGACUACAGGACUGGUAACAAAUUAACUGAAAUCCAAAAUGGCUGCCAAAACAUCGUUAGUUUCUUAUGAUAGUGAUUCUUCAAGUGAGGAAAUAAAUACUAAAGAUUUACCUGAUGAGGACGAAAACAUUGAAACUAAUACUGUGGAUAUUGCUGCUCUGAAAUCCAAGUUUCUUUUGAAUAGUGCCCCAACCGUCAAUGCUAAAGAAGAUAUCAAUACUAUUAUUCAUCUUGAUCCCUCGCAAAAAGAAGUGACAUUCAAUCCUAAGUAUGAACAGCUUUUUGCACCAGAGGUUGGACCAAAUAAUCCAUUUAAAACAAAGCAGCAAAAAGCAAAGAAAAAUACACUAUCGGGUUUUGUUGAACCAGCACAUAUUAGCAAGUUCCAAUUUGACAAUCAAAUGAAAACAUUCUGUAGUUAUGGAUAUGCACUAGAUCCAAGUGACGAUACUGCAAACAUUGAGGAAAAGUUUGUAGGUGAUUUAGAUAAGGCAAAAGAGACCAAGGGUUUGACUGUGUUUGAAGCAUCAAAACCUCGAACUGGAGACAAGAGAAAAAGGGAGGAUAAAGGGGAUCCUGGGUUGAUUGAAGGUUACAAAGGGCCUUGGAGUAAGUUUGUUGAUGAAGAGGCCAUUGCCAAGCCAUCUGAGGAAGAAUCAAGCAAACUUGAGGAAUAUGAACUCACAAAGAAAAGUAAAACAAAGAAAGAAGAUGACAAGCCAGUGGAAGAGAAAUCAACUUUACAUGUUAAAGAUGCAUACGACUACCAAGGACGUUCAUAUCUACACAUACCACAAGAUAUUGGUAUCAACCUCAAGAGCGAUGCACCACCUGAAAGAUGCUUUCUACCAAAACGACACAUUCAUACAUGGUCUGGCCACACCAAAGGGGUUUCUGCAAUCAGAUUUUUCCCCAAAUCUGCACACUUGCUUUUAUCCUGCAGUAUGGAUUGUAAAAUCAAGUUGUGGGAAGUUUACGGUGACAGAAGACUUCUUCGAACAUUCAAUGGUCACAGUAAAGCAGUGAGGGACAUUUGUUUUAAUAACGACGGGUCAACAUUCCUGAGCGCUGCUUAUGACAGAUUUUGCAAGCUUUGGGAUACAGAAACUGGUCAAUGUUUAGGAAGAUUUACAAACAGAAAAGUUCCAUAUUGUGUCAAAUUCAACCCUGACGAGGAUAAACAACAUCUUUUUGUUUGUGGUACAUCUGAUAAGAAAAUAUUGACGUGGGACAUACGAUCAAACGAAAUCGUCCAAGAGUAUGACAGACAUUUAGGUGCUGUCAACCAGAUUGCAUUCGUUGAUCAAAAUAGAAAAUUCGUGAGCACGUCGGAUGACAAGAGUGUGCGGAUAUGGGAAUGGGAUAUUCCAGUUGAUGCAAAAUAUAUAGCCGAACCAAGUAUGCAUUCAAUGCCUUCCAUCACAGUCCAUCCUAAUGAGAAGUGGUUGGCCUGUCAGUCGAUGGACAACCAAAUUACCAUCUUUGGUGUUCAGAAUCGUUUUCGCUUGAACCGCAAGAAAACAUUUAAAGGUCAUAUGGUUGCUGGUUACGCAUGUCAAGUAAACUUCUCGCCAGAUGGGAGGUAUGUGAUUUCCGGUGAUGCAGAUGGAAAGUUGUUUAUUUGGGAUUGGAAAUCGACUAAACUAUACAGUAAAUUCAAAGCUCAUGAUACGGUGUGUAUUGGCUGUGCCUGGCAUCCACAUGAAACGUCAAAAGUCGUCACAUGUGGUUGGGAUGGAUUAAUAAAGUACUGGGACUAGAUGACGUCAGAGAUGCAUAUGCCAAUAUCGGGAUAUCAAUGAGUGAUCUGCUUAUCAAAAUAUUUGCAAAUGAUGCCGAACACUAAUAUCCGGUUUGAAGAACCAACGUCCAUUCAUCAUAUUUCAUAGCGCGUCUAGGCUAUCAACUACAAAAUCGAGAAAGUAUGAAUUUGGGUGACAUUCGCACAACCGUAACCUAAGAAGAUACUUCUAUUUUAUAGCGAGAAUUUUACAUGAUACAGUAUUGGAAAAUAGUUCGUUUUUUUGUAUGUAUAUAAUGUAUAUUAAAAUACACGACGGAAAUUUUAAAUAUU